GAAAUCUGAAAUCAAAGUUUAUUGUUUGAAACUCAUCUGAUCAUCUGGACUGUGGCUGGAUACAGAGCUCUGGACGCAGCGUGCUGAGUCUGGUCAUGGCACAGCUGCCUGUUACGACCCGUUUCACGCUUCUCCUUCACACCGCGUUAGUAGCCAUUCUCCUGGGCACUUGUGCGACCAAUGGCCGCCCCUCAGUGAGGCGCUUUCACCGCCUCACCAGGAUGUCAGAGCCUCUUGUGCGAGCUGGACAGGCCUCUCAGGUGUACCUGACCCCAGAGGAGCUGCGAAGGCUGCAUUUCAGACCCACUGUGGGCUCCAUCCGCCUCUCCGAGGGGCAUGAGGCCAUGUUCAACUGCUCCAUCGAAGUUCCAGACCCCCGAUUAGAGCCCACCAUCAACUGGAUCAAGAAUGGACAGGAGCUGGUCUCAAACUCACACCUGGUCAACAACGACCUGCAGGCGGUCACAGACGGAGUCACCACUCUGCUCUCCACCAUCAAAAUACAGCAAGUGCAGAGAGCAGACGCUGGUGAAUAUCGAUGCAGACUGAGUAUAAUGAAUUCACUGGUCGAAUCACAGCCAAUCUUCAUUGAAGUGGAAGGUUUGCCCACAUUCAUACAGCAGCCAGAGGACAGAAAUGUGACAAGAAAUGCUCCAUUCACCCUGUCCUGUGAGGCAGUGGGACCUCCUGAUCCAGUGCAGAUCCGCUGGCUCCGGGACGGGUCUCCUGACAGCAACUUCCACAACUCCCCCAGCAGCUACUCUGUGUCAGGUGUUGACAGAUUCACCCAGUUCAGUUGUGAAGCCUACAACAAAAAGGGUGUCACUACAUCCAGAGAGGCAAACAUCCAUAUAAAAGCACUCCCCCGACCUGUGUCCAACAUCACAGUGAUGGAGAGGCAGUCCAAUAAGUUAAGACUCAGCUGGACUCCUGGGCACGAUGGCUACUCUCCUCUCACUAAAUGCCUCAUAAGAGUAAGAGAAAUAAGCCGUAGGAAAGGGGAAGUCAUGACCACUCGCUUUGUGAAUGUGUCCGUGCCACCGUUUGAGAGUGAGGUCCCAGGACUCCAGGCCAUGACGUGGUACAACAUGAGCGUUUCCUGUAGCAACGAACUGGGACCCUCCACAGUCAAUAUGUGGAUUCAGAGCAACACUACUGAAGGAGUGCCCUCUGUGUAUCCCAGAAAUGUUACUGUUCACCUAAAUGAGUCAUUGCUGGUGAUAAAAUGGAAGCCCCCACCAGAUGACAAAAUAAAUGGAGUCCUAAAUGGCUACAAUAUCAUUAUUAGACAUGGAGGACAGAAGAGUAUGAUCCACAGCUACACCACCUCAGUCUCGGUGCCAUUGCAGGACUUUAACUCUACCUACAGUGUGGAGGUGUCUGCGUGCACUCAGGCUGGGAGCGGCAUGAUCAGCCCACCCGUCUGGAUCUUUGUGCCAGAGGACAAGUCUGUGCCCUUUCCGUCAUCUAGCCCUGACACUGCUGUCUCGGAUUUGGUGUAUGUAGUUUUGGGAGUGGCAUGUGGGAUCUGCCUGCUGUUGGUGGUGCUUUGGGUUGGCAUCUGUGUACGCAACAGGACCCCUGGAUCUUGGCUCUGGAAACUGCUUGGAGACAGAGAAAAGGUAGAACCUGUCAUACUUUACAAUCCGCAGAGGUCUUAUAAUCGAUCUGCAGUAGGAAUCACAUUGAGUAAUCUCGGCAUCAGUGAUCAACUUCAGGCCAAACUACAGGAUGUAAUGGUCACAAGAAACCUGCUGUCCAUAGGAAAAAUACUUGGAGAAGGUGAAUUUGGCUCUGUGGUAGAAGGGCAGUUUAAACAACCUGAUGGAACAUCUGAAAAGGUCGCUGUGAAGACUAUGAAAUUGGACAGUUUCUCUCAAAGGGAGAUAGAGGAAUUCCUAAAUGAAGCCGCCUGUAUGAAAGACUUCAACCACCCAAAUGUCAUUAGAUUGCUAGGUGUUUGCUUAGAAAUGGGCCCAGGAAACUUUCCCAAGCCCAUGGUCAUAUUGCCUUUCAUGAAAUACGGAGAUCUGCACAGCUUUUUGCUUCGCUCACGUCUGGGAGAGAGUGCAAUGUAUUUGCCCACUCAGACUUUGUUGAAGUUUAUGGUUGACAUUUCUUUGGGAAUGGAAUACCUCAGUAAUCGCAACUUUCUACAUCGGGAUCUGGCUGCAAGAAACUGCAUGUUGCGUGAUGACAUGACCGUGUGUGUUGCAGACUUUGGCCUGUCUAAAAAAAUAUACAGUGGAGACUACUACAGACAGGGUAGAAUUGCCAAAAUGCCUGUCAAAUGGAUUGCUGUGGAAAGUCUGGCUGACAGAGUUUUUACUGUAAAGAGUGAUGUGUGGGCAUUUGGUGUUACAAUGUGGGAGAUUGCUACGAGAGGCAUGACACCUUAUCCUGGCAUCCAAAACCACGAGAUUUACGACCAUCUUCUUGAAGGACACAGACUAAAGCAGCCACCAGACUGUUUGGAUGAACUGUAUGAAAUCAUGUACAUGUGCUGGAGGACUGACCCACAGGAUCGUCCCGUCUUUACUCAACUAAGAGAAAUGUUGGAGAAACUCGCUGAGAAACUCCCAGAUGCCUCCAGCAAAGAGGACAUCAUUUACAUUAACACAAGUUUCCCUGAAGAAGACCCAGACAGUGUGGAUUUUAAUGUGGACCAUGCAGCCUUCAACUCUUCCCCCUCAUGUAGUCACCACCAGAGGGCAGCAGCAGAGAGUGCAGUCGUCACAGCAGACAUUCAUGGGAGUUUGGGGGAUGAUGAGGAGGAUUGUGAGGACAGAUAUGUGGUGGUCAUCUCAUCUGACCCUUCCCUAAGACUCCCAGGAGUAAACUCUCCACUUUUAUCAAAUGACACUGCAAGUCAAGUCAGUGGACAGAGUGAGGUGCGGAACCCCAGCACAAGUGACACUUCCUCCCUAUUGUGAGGAUCAGAUAACAUGUACAUAUACUGAACAAUGCAAAUUAAAUUAUUUGAUUAAUUCAAAUUAUUCCUUUCUCUUACAAAUAAAAAUGUCUGACCCCUUAGACAGGGCACUAGUUAAAUCUCAAAUGGAAAAUACAUAGUGAGUUGAGUUAAAAAGGUUCUAUUCCAUGACCUCAAUAAUUUGGUUCUGUUUGACUAAAUUCCUUCAGAUACCUCUAUAUCUGCUGUUUGUUUUGCAGAAUGUUCAGAAUGUUGACCCAAUUUUUAUUCACUAUUAACCUUUUGCACAGUAUUCUGUUUUGUUUCAUGAAAGCAGUGUAUCACUUUUUCCUGUGGCCAGUGUUGCUAUCAUAUUUUAGUUUUAUAAAUGAGUGAAUGGCUGCACAUUUUCAAUAAGCUUGAGGUGCACUAAACUGUGAAUUGUUUACUUACAUAAUGCAUUGUAAAUAUAUAUUUGUACUUAUUGUUUAGUAGUAAGUCUCAGAUGUAUUUAAAAGAAAUGAUUUAUGACUAGAGGAUUAUUAAAGUGGUAUAUUUUGCUACAUUAACAUUCA